GUGAAGAGGAGUUAAGGAGGAGAGCGAGAUUGAUAGCCCUUUUUAGCCAGCCGUCCAUCUGUUUCUUGGGCACGUUCGCUGGCUCCAAGGAAUAUGCGGCGGCACAGGGGCGGUGGUUGAUAGUCAACAUACAGAGACAAGAUGUGUUCCACAGCCACACGCUCAACAGAGACUGUUGGAAGGAUACACGCGUUCACCAUGUCAUCACAGAGUCAUACCUUUUAUGGCAGAAAAACGACGAUAGUCCCGAAGCUGAGAAGUACGAGGCGCUAUACCCAGUUAAACAAUACCCGUACGUCGCCGUACUAGAUCCCCACACCGGCGAGAAGGUGGCCGAGCUUUUCGUGGGAGUGGCAGUGAGCGCGGAUAUGUUCCUCAGUGCGUCGGAGCGGUUUUUGGAUGAGAAUAUACUGCCGAACGAACGCACAAAAAGGGAUCGUACCAAGAAAACCAAGCCGGUUAUGGAUCUGAGCGAAGAGGCGCAAAUCGCUGCUGCGAUUGCUGCGUCACUGGCCGAGGUUGCAGAAGAUACGUCUUGUAAGUACGGGUUUAUUAGUUACAAUUGGCAAGUAC